UAUGAAGGGAAAAAAGAAAGGGAGAGCAACAAACUUUCAGAGCAAGUCAUAGGUUAAAAGCCCCCUAGCUUUUCUUCGAUCACUUUCAUUCCUCUCUUCUCAUUCUAAGUGAGACUUUCACAGAGAAUAUUAGAAAUCUUGUUCAGAUCUUUCAACUAUUAUCCCCUCUUAUAUCUUCUGAAAAUCAAUUCUAAACCCCAUCUCUUAUAGCUACAUAGACAAACUCUGUAUACCUUGAAAUCUUCGAAAACAUGGGAAGUUACUACUACAGAAGAAAAUCUCGGAAACACAUCACUACUGUUGCCUUCAUCAUCCUUCUUCUUUUGUUUCUGUUUCUUUACGCUAAAGCUUCAUCCUCGUCCUCUCUUGAUAUUCCUCACCACUCAACUCAUGCAAGCUUGAAAAAACCUCGAGUUUUGGAUCCUAACCUUCAUGAUCGCAGUUCCAGAGAUGCGUCAAGAGGAUCGAGAUAUACUCGUGAAGGUGGUGGAAUUUAUUUUGAAGAUAACAAGAGAAGGGUCUUCACAGGUCCAAAUCCUUUGCACAAUAGAUAACUAUUUUCUUUAAUAAGUUUUGUGAAAUUUUGCCUGAAUAAAACAUAUUUGUGAAAGAAAAAAAACAUAUUUAUUUACUUUUUUCUUACUCUGCUAUACAUUACAUCAUACGUGAUCGGCCAUGACUUGUAACGUAUGUUCUAUGUGGAGGUAUGAGAUAAUAAGAGUGUUUGAACAAGAGUCUUUGAAAAAUAGUAGAUAACGCAUCUUCAUAUGAUAAUUAAGAUGAGU